AUGUUCAACGGAUCAAAUCAGCCAAACUAUCCCGGUGGCAGUCAGCCACCCAAUCAGCAACAACAACAGAAUCGUGUAAAAGUGAGUUUAUUUUGUCAUUUUUCGAAAAAAUCAUCCUAAACAUUUGAUGAGUUAUUGUAAAGAAUUGCGGUGUAUUUGAGCGUUACUUCGGGAGUUUUGACGAGAACUUUGCCCAAGUCGAUUUUGAGUGAUUUGAAAGUUCCAGUUGAUGUACAAUUAUGCUUGAUUUUCGCAAAAACUUCGUAAUUUGUCUAGAGAAAAUCGAUAAUUUUAAAUAUGAGGUUAAACCAUUAAAAGGUGAUAAAUACUUACAUUUCCCACACCAUCAUUGAUUUGUUCACCACUGGCUAAUACAACAACAUCACCUUCCACAAUCCCUUUCUUGAUUUCCCCGAUCAAAUCAUUCGCAGAAAACGGAUCAUGUUCUAAAUGUUCCAGAAAAUAUUGAUAAUGUUUUUUCAAGACGCAUGAUAGUUUUGCCUCAAAGUGAAAUUUCGUUAAACCAUUAACGUUUAGGUUUAAAAAUAGAAUAAUAAUAAAGAUGAGUAAUAAAGUUUUCAUGUCUGGUAUGUUCUCAAGAAGACGGGUAUCUUUUAUAGUGGAACUGGAAAGAUUUUAUCAUUCAUUUCGGGAAAUGAGACAUUUUUUGCAGGUCGAAGAUGCGUUGUCGUAUUUGGAAGAGGUCAAAAAUGAAUUUCAUUUACGGCCGGAAGUCUACACACAGUUUUUGGAUAUUAUGAAAGAUUUCAAAUCUCAAGCAAUCGAUACUCCUGGAGUAAUCGAGCGUGUCAGCUCAUUGUUCAAUGAAUAUCCUCGUCUAAUCCUUGGCUUCAACGCAUUUCUCCCGCCAGGUUAUCAAGUCAGAUAUAUCAGCAAUCGAAUUUGUGUGAUUAAUCCGAAUAACGAGUUUCAAGAAAUUGGGCAGCCUGGGAUGUUUCAGAAUAUUGAAACAAAUGGAUAUGGAGCCGAUGGAGCAGGAGAUGGUGGUGAAGAUGAAAUGAAUGAAGAUGAAGAGGACGAAGAAGAUGUUGGAGAUGAAAUGGAAUAUGAGGAUGAAGAAGAAGAGGAGGAAGAAGAUCAAGGAGAAGGUUAUCAAGAACAAGUUUAUGAGGUGCAAAAUUAUGCGAUGGAAGAGGAUUCUUAUGAAGAUGAGGAAUUCACGGAAGAUGAGAUGGUUGGAGAAGAGGAUGAUGAUUCUGAUGAAGAUGAGGAGGAAGAGGAGGAUGAUAAUGAGUCGGAAAGUGAAUAUGAAGAGGGGGCGAGUAUUUUUAUUCAUCGAGUUCGAAUGAGGUUUGGUGAGGAAUCGACGACUUAUAAACAAUUUUUGGAUAUUUUGUAUUUUUGUUGUAGAGAUGUGAGUUUGAGGGGGAAAUCAGGUAGAAUUUUGUGCUGAAAAUGCUGAAAAUGUUGAUUUUCAAUGAUUUUCAACACUUCCAGCGUUUUCAGCACGAAAUUUCAGUCUAGAAAACAUUUUUGUGAAGCUUGGAAAGUUUUUAAAAGUUUCUAUAAGGUCCCAUAAUUUUUUUCUACUUUAGAAAUUUGUGCUGAAAAUGCUGGAAAUGUUAGUUUUCAAUGAUUUCCACCGUUUUAAGCACAAAAUUUCAGUCUAGACAAAAUAUGUGUGAAUCUUGGAAUCUUCUGAAAAGAUUCCAUAAGGUCCCAAAAUUUUUUCUAGUCAGAAUUUUGAUUUGAAAAUGCUGGAAAUGUUAGUCUCUAAUGAUUUUCAGCACUCCCAGCGUUUUCAGCACGGAAUUUCAGUCUAGAAAAAUUUUUGUGAAGCUCGGGAACUUUUUGUUUCCAUACGGUACCAAAUAUAUUUCUAGAUCAGAAUUUUGUUCUGAAAAUGCUGGAAACAGUUAGUUUUCAAUGAUUUUCAGCAAUUCCAGCGUUUUCAGCGCAUUUCAGUCUAGAAAACAUUUUUGUGAAGCUUGGAAAGUUUUUAAAAGUUUCUAUAAGGUCCCAUAAUUUUUCUACUUUAGAAAUUUGUGCUGAAAAUGCUGGAAAUGUUAGUUUUCAAUGAUUUCCACCGUUUUCAGCGCAAAAUUUCAGUCUAGAACAAAUUUGUGUGAAGCUUGGGAAGUUUUUAAAAGUUUCCACAAGGUUCCAAAAUUUUUCUUGAUCAGAAAUUUGUGCUGAAAAUGCUGGAAGUGUUAAUUUUCAGUAAUUUCAAGCGUUUUAAGCACAAAAUCUUAGUCUAGAAAAAAUAUUUGUGAAACUCGGAAACUUUUAAAAAGAUUCCAUAAGGUCCCAAAUUUUUUUCUAGUCAGAAAUUUGUGCUGAAAAUGCUGUAAAUUUUAGUUUUUAAUAAUUUUCAGCCUUUUUAGCACAACAUUUCGGUCCAGAACAAAUUUGUGUGAAAAUUUUUGGAAAAUUUAUGUUUUAUUAACAAAAUUAACAAUUUUUCAAAUGUUUCAAGAGUUAGACUAAUUCAAAUUGCAAGUUUUCAGAACUCUGAACACCAAGAUGAAAGUACCAGUUCACAAAAAGGCCUUUUCAACCUGAAAGAAGAGGAAAAACGACAUUUUGUCACAAUGGCACUAACCAAUUUAUUCGCUGAUCAAUCAGAUCUCAUCGAAGAUUUUCUCGCAAUUGUCUCAACUCCUGGAGGUGUUGGAAGAGGAUAUGUUGUGUCAUCGAGAGGUUCCGAAUUAGAUACACCAGAUGAAAAUGAAGAAAAUGAUAUAAAACGAGAAGUUGAUGAUGAUGAUCAAGAUGAAGAUGUUGAAAAAGAAAAGGAAAAGAAAGCGAGGAAAAAAUUGGCGAGAAAACGGCGAAGAAUUGAUCGGAAAAUUAGUCAUGAUGAGGAUGAAAGUGUGCUUAGACGAGUUUAUCAUUUGAUUCAUACAAAUGAGGCUAAACUAUACUCUAGGGUGAGUUCUGGAGGGGGAAAUUUGGACUUGAGUGAAACUUGCUCUCAAAUAGUUUGGAGAUUUUUUUUUUCCGAAAAAUUAUAUAGAUCUACAAAUUUUCGGCAUAUCAGAAAAUUAUCCCUUUUUUUCGUUUAAAAAAUCUACUGUUUCAAAAUUUCUUCAUAAUUCUGGGGAAACAUGAGAUUUUUGAUUCUAAAUUUCCAUAAGAAUUCUAAAAAAUUCCAUAAUAUUUUUUCCAAAAAUUUUAUGUUUCAAAAUUUAUUCAUAGUUUUUGGUAAAAAUGAGAUUUUUGAUAAUUCGCCUAUUUUAAAUAUUAGAUGCAAUUUUGAAAAUAAAAAUCAUAUAACCUCUAAUUUUUCAGUUGAAAAAAGUUUACUGUUUAAAAAUUUUUCUAUAAUUGUCGAUAAUAUUUUUACAUAAUUUUCGCUGUUUCGUUGCAUAUUUCGAAAGAUAUUUCAAAUUUCAAAAAAAUUCCCCCAAUGUUUUUCCCUAAAAUUUACUGUUUCAAAAUUUCCUUAUUAUUUUUGGUGAAAAUGAGAUUUUUGAUACUCAAUCAAUCUUUAACCAUCUGAUGCAAUUAUUUAAAUAAAAAUCAUAUUACCUCUAACUUUUCAAUUGAAAGAAUCUACUGUUUCAAAAUUUUCCUAUAAUUUUCGGUAAUAAUAUGCUGUUUCGUUUCGUAUUUCAAAAAAUUUUCCCAAUAUUUUUCCCGAAAAUGUAAUGUUUCAAAAUUUCUUAAUUAUUUUUGAUGAAAAUGAGAUUUUUGGUUCCUCCUUUCGAACAAUUCCUCAUUAUUUUUCCCGAAAAUUUAAUGUUUCAAAAUUUUCUUAAUAUUUUUGAUAAUUCGCCUAUGUUAUUAGAUGCAAUUUGUUAAAUAAAAAAUUAUAUAACCUCUAACUUUCCAAUUGAAAAAAUCUGCUGUUUCAAAAUUAUCCUAUAAUUUUCGGUAAACAUGCGAUUUUUGAUAGUUUUUCUAUUUGUAAAUGAAAAUUUUGAUUACCUCUAGCAAUUUCAGUUGAAACAAUCUACUGUUUCAAAAAUUUCGGUAAUAAUAUGCUGUUUCGUUUCAUAUUUCAAAAGAUAUUUCAAAUUUCAAAAAAAAAUUCCCCAAUGUUUUUCCCGAAAAUUUACUGUUUCAAAAUUUACUAAUCAUUUUUGGUGAAAUCGAUAUUUUUGAUAGUUCGUCUAAGUGUGUUAUUAGAUGCAAUAAAAAAAAAUUUUCGGUAAUGUAUCAUCUUUUCAAUUUUAAAAUAUUGUGAAAUAUCUUCGAAAAAUUCCCCAUUAUUUUUCCCCAAAACUUAGUGUUUCAAAAUUUCCUCAAAUCCUUGGAGCUCUGUAACCUAAUCCCCAUUUUUCUUCCAGCUCCAAGAAUCAUUAGACGUUGAAGAUAUCAAAAAAGUGCUUCUCCUUUUCAAUAUUUAUCUAUCCAAAAAUAUCACAAGACUAGAUUUGGUUCGAGCUCUUCGAGAUGUUCUAAAUCUUCGAUGCACUCCAAUUUUCUCCGAUUUUUGUGAAAUUCUUGGCUUCAAUACGGAUUUGAAUGAACCAGAUCGAUUACCAAUUAUUGAACCAUCAACAUCAUCUCCGAAUAAAUCAGUUUAUCCAUCUCGCCGAGCUUUUACAAGAGAUGGCGAUCAAAUUUCACGGGAUAUUAAUGAGUCAACAAUUGCAUGUUUAGGAGUCAGUUAUAGGCAUAUUUAUCGAGCGGAAAAGGUGAAAUGCUCUGGGCGAACACAAUUAUGCGAUGAAGUUUUGAAUGAUGAAUGGACAUCUUAUCCAUCUUGGUCUUCUGAAGAUAAUGGAAAUGUUUCGUCGAAAAAAUCGCCGUAUGAAGAAUUUCUGUAUCGAACUGAAGAUGAGCGAUUUGAGCUGGAUAUUGUUCUGGAUGUGAAUAAAUAUGCGAUCGAGUCGUUGGAAUUGAUUAAUCGGAGAAUGGAUAAAAUGGGAGAACAUGAGAGAAAUUCGUUCAAGUGAGUUUUUUUCCUGAAAACUUAAUUUUUGAAGAUCAAAAUAUAAUUUUUCAUAUUAUUUUUUUGAAACAGUGAUUUUUUUUUCGAAAUGAGCAUGAUAUAAAAAUCGGGAUUUUGAAGUGGCUCCGAAAUUACGAUUUCUCAUUUUAAGCCAUAAAAAAGCCAGAGAAGCUAGUGAGCUUAGAGACGCAGAGAAACUAGAAUAUUAGAGACACAGAGAGUCAAAAUAUGAACAUUUUCAUAAAAAUAUAAUUUUUCAUAUUAUUUUUGUGAAACAGUGGACUUUUUCAACUUUUCCUUUUUUAUCAACAAAAAAUAAUUCAGUUAUUUUUUAUCUUUUUUUUUUGAAACAGUGAUUUUUUUCUCAAACAAAAUUUUGAAAAAUUAAUCCAAGUUAUGUUUUUUCCCUCAAAAUAUUAUCAAAUUUCAGACUCGACAAAGGAUACAAUGUCACAUCUGUCUGCCUUUUAACCCGUGCAAUUCGGCGAAUUUACGGGGAAGCCGCGUCAACAAUAAUGACUGGAUUACGAGAGAAUCCAGUUAUUGCAGUUCCACGAAUUCUUCAAAGAUGCCAAGAAAAAGAGCGAGAAUGGCGAGAGUCUCAAACACAAAUGAAUAAAAUGUGGCGGGAACAAUUGGAAAAACAAUUGCAAAGGAGUUUGGAUCAUCAAACUGCGCAGGUUAAACAAAAUGAUGCGAGACUUUUGAAGACGAAGACGAUGAUUCAUCAGAUUGAACAGUUUUUUGAUACCAGACAGGGAAAGUGAGUGGAUUUCUUUUGUUUUGCAAAAAUAUUUUAUUAAUGAAAAUUAAAAAAAAAUUUUUUUUUCAAGCAGGAGCUCAAGAUUUUUGAAUUAAAGUUGGGAAAUUUCAUUAAAAUCUAAUCCUAAGCUUAAAUCCUUAAUUUAAAGAAUUAGCUCAAAAGCUAAAAUUAAAUCCUUAGCUUAAAGCCCAAGCCUAAGCUUUAAUUCUUAGCCUAAAUCCAUCACCAAAAAAUUUCCCCGAUUUUUUUGCAGAGAUCCAAAACAUGAUCACGGUCCGCACAUUGCUUUCACUUACCCAGAAAGACGCAAAAUUCUACACGAUGUCAAUGAUAUUAUAAUUCAUUAUUUGAAAAGACAACCCGGAUAUUCGAAAGAUGAUAAGAGAAGAAUGAAGAUUGUUAUGAGAAAGUGAGAGAAAUUGAAUUUGACCCCUGAAGUUGGGGUUCCUUGAUAUCCCUCCAUUAAACCGCCCAUUUUUCCAGAAUAAUCCUUGAAUGGUUUUGUGAGAAACACGAAGAUAUGUCGGAUGAUGAAAGAGAUGAAGAACUGGAUUUCGAUAAAAAACGAAAUCGUCGAGAAGGUUCAUCAAAUCGAGACGAUCAAUUAGAAUAUAACAAGAAAGGCGAACGAAUAAAUCUGAUCAAUUAUUAUGCGGAUGAUCAUACCGAUGAAUGGCCAAUUGAAAUGAAAUAUGAGACGACUGAUGAUGCGCCAAUUAAUGAGUAUUUGAAACGACAGAAAAUGGCGGAUUAUCGAUUGUUUUUCGGCGAUGAUUCGUUGUAUAUUUUUAUGCGACUUCAUCAUACGAUUUGUGAUCGAUUUGGACGAUUUCAUGCGGCUUAUAAGAGGAAAUGUGAUGAUUUUCAUGUGAGUUUUUUUGGGUGGGUUAAGGUAACUAUGGUUAUGUUCUAGACUUCUUGGAAGUUCUCAGGAAAAAAUUGAAUGAAUCUGAAAGUUUUUUGAAGAAAAAUGCUCUUCAAGUUGAAAUUUUCAACUAAAAAUUCAAAUUUUCAACUAAAUUUCAAAUUUUCACUCAAAUCUGAAAUUCUGAAACUUUCAGGAAAAUUUGAGACGAUUUUUCAUUUCUUGAAUAUUUUUGAAUUGUUGGAAAUUCUGAGAUCCCACAGAAAAACUGAAAUUCUAUAGAACUUUCCGGCCCAAAAAUCUAUGAAAAAAAAUCCACGUUGAUUUUUCUAUUUUCUGUUAUAAUUUCAAGCUUCAUCUCAGUUGGAGCAAAUGCUUGAUUUUUUUCUAGAACCUAAAGCCAAUGAUCAUAUUUUUUUCUCAAAAACUCAAAUUUUGCGUGCAACUUUGAAACUUUAUUCAAUCUUAACCUUGUGGUUGAUUAUUAGCCGGAUCGACGGCGAUCGCAGCAUUUCCACCCAUGACGAAUCUUGCGCCAACAUGAGCAAUCUGCAAAAAAACUUCUCCUAUUUUCUUCCCCCUCUCUGAAAUCCAACUCACCAAAGCGAAAAAGAAGAAAAUAAAAAUGGUAGCUCUCAUUUUGGUUUCUCAAACACAAAAUUUUGAUUUUCCCAACACAGUUGAUGCGAUUUUUAUAGCAUUAAUUUUUUUAAUUUGCUGUUUUCCAGGAUUCGAAAAUUGGCAAACAACUAUGGGAAAGUGAAUUCGCAAAAGCGACGAAUAAAUUGUUGACAAAAGUGGAAAGAGAUUGGGGUGCGAUGGAUGAGAAAUUGAGCAUUUUGAGGGUAAGUUUGACAGCAGGCAGUGGGGAUUGAACUUGAGACUGAUAGAUUGGGAAUUCGACCUCUAACCAGCUGAGCCACUUUUCGAAAAAAAAUAGCGCGCAAGCUCAGGGAAACGAAUGCUCCGGAGCGCGCCCUGAUUUCGGCCCCGGAGCGCGCUCCGGAGCUAAUCCAAAUUAUUUGGGGCGCAAAUUGGGGUCAAAUUUUGGGCGAAUAGGGGCAAAACUUAGUUUUUUUCGAAAACGAAAUCGGGGCAACAUUUGGAGCGCUGAUGUUUUGCCCCAGUUGCUCUCACCAUUCCUCGAACUUAUUUCACUUUGUGCUUCCCAUUGAAUUGAACCUGAAUAAUCUUACCACUGCGCUAACCUGCAUAUCCUGGGCGAUGUCUCAAAUUGCAUAGAUCAAUUCGCAUGUGAAAAAUGCGCGCGUGUGCGAUAAGAACUCAAUUCUUUCAGAAGUUUUUCAUGCAGUAUUUUGAGGGGACAAUUAAUAAUACUAAAUAUACACUUUUAACCCUCCACAGAGUUUUUAAUUUAAAAGAAAAAGUGAAUUUUACUUUGUGAAACUCAGAAUCAGAAAUCGUCAUUUGGUUGAAUUCCUGCACUAUUUGUUUCCAAAAUUUUCGAAUAGUUUCCGAAAUAUCAGGAAUCAGCUUGAAAAAAUAGGGUUUUUUUUAUAUUGUUUCGCGGUUAAAGUAGUCCUGAUUACUUAUUCGAUGAACUUCAGUCAGAAGAAUUCCAUUUCUCCAUCAUUUUUCCCAAACGUUUUAAUGGAUUGGAGUUUAAAAAUGGGGCAUUUUCGAUUUUUGAACCUGGAAUUGGAGCCCGCUCCGGUGCAGUUUUUUCUUGAGGACGAUAUUUUCAGUUUGCCCUAAUUCGCCCCUAUUUUUGCCCGGAUUAUUGUAGAAUUGGGGCCGAAAUGGGGCGGAUUCGAUUCAUGCCCCUGGCAUUUGGGGCCCGCUCCGGUGCAUUCUUUUCCCUGAGAGAGCAAAUCUUGUGACCUUUAUCUGAAAAUUCAAAUUUCCAGAAAAGUCGUCAUUCCCCAGCCACUUUAUACAUCACAAUGUUAAAUGAUUUAAAACGAUAUUUGAAUGGUGAACUUGAUGCAAGUGCCUACGAAGAAACCCUCCGAUCAACAUUUCCACACGAAGCCUGCCUCCUUCUAUCAAUCGAUAAAUUGCUCAUGCUAACUGUCAAAACCCUGUCAACCCUUGCAAAUAAUGAGGAUGAAUGUGGAGCAAUGAAAAUGUAUAUGAGAUAUCGAUUGAGACAACCGCCAACACUUUUUGCGACCGGGGAUUUUGUGGAAACGUGGGUUGUUUUUUAAGUCAAAUUUGUUUUACACGGAGAAAAUUAUCUUGGAUAUUUUUGUGGGAAAAUUUUAUUUUUUCAGUUUUUUCUCGAAAAAAAUUUGAAAUCACAUUUUUUUUCAAAAUUUCAUUUUUGAGAACCAAAUUUUUAAAUAGAUUUUCAAUUUUUGUUUUUUUUAAAGAAUUUUUUGAAACGUAAAUUUCACUUUUUAAAAUUUCAGUAAAGCAUUAUGAGAUAAGUCGAUAUUCAAAAAAAAAUUUCCUCUAAAAAUUUGCAUUAAAAAUUAUUUUCCCAGAAUUGUUUACAUGAUGAAAAUCGUGUUGAAAUUUAGAAAAAUGUAGAUAAUUUCGUGGGAAAAUUUGAAUUGUUAUUGAAAAAUUCAGUUUUAUCUUUUAAAUUUCAGUUCAAAAAUCAUCAGAUUUUUCAAAAAUUCCCACAUUUUCCAGCGUCGAACGUGAAUAUUCUGCAUUGGCCGAAGAACGGCUCCACGGAAAAAAUUGUUUCAAAUUCGAAAUGAUCAACGAACACGGCGGUCAUUCGAUGCACGUCACUUUGGUUGACACAGAAGAUUCGGAUCGAGAAGAAGAAGAAGAAGAACAAGAAGAGGAAGAGGAGGAAGAUGAUGAAAAUGUGGCAGCGAGCACGGCGUCGGGUGAUGUUGAAUCGGUAGGAUUUAAGAUUUUUGGCGGGAAAAAUUAGAGCCAAAACAAAUAUCCUUCAAAAAUCUAAGGGAAAUCCUAUCUAGCAUGAGCAAUAUUCGAAUUUAGUUAUAAAAUAGAAUGAAAUUCGAAUUUUUGAGUGAAAAAUAGGCAUUGCUCAGGUUAGAUUACGCUUAUAGGCUUUACUAUGACUUUUAAAGUGUAAUUUUUCAAUUCACGGAAUAAAUUAGAAACUUACUUUUAAAUCUUUCCUUGAAAAAACUGAGGAAUAUCCAACCCAAAAAAUCGAAUCUAAUUAUUAAAUAUAUAAUUUAACCUGAGCAAUGCUCCAAAAACCUUGAAAAUCGGAACAAACCAAAAUUUAACAUGAGAAAUUCUUAAAAUUGAAAACCCAUGAAUUUAUAAUUUUUCCAAUAUCAUCUCUUAAUUUUUUUCUGAAAUUUUAAGCAUUGCUCAGGUUAGAUGGGAUUUUCCUCAGCUUUUUGAAGGAAAAUUUAAAGGCAAGUUUCUAAUUAAUUCCGUGAAUUAGAAAAUUACACUUUAAAAGUCAUAAAAUAAAUUAGAAUAAAUCCUAUGAGCAUAAUCUAACCUGAGCAAUGCCUAUUUUUCACUCAAAGAUUCGAAUUUUUUGUAAAUGGAUAAUUUGACCUGAUUGUGAGCAAUGGUUCAAAAAUCUGCAAAAUAGGAAAAAUCCAAAAUUUAACAUGAGAAAUUUUUUAGAAACACAUUUUUGAUAGGCUUUUUUUUGAGAAAAACAUGCAUUUUACUGAAAAAUCAAAUGAUUUGUUGAAACCCAAAAAUCCAAGAAAAUGCAUCAAAAAAUUUAUUUUUUGAAUUCAAGACACUAAAUUCUUGUUUUUUUCCAGAUAUCUGGUGAGAAACCAUCAACAUCAGCCUCAGUCACUUCGGAAAAAGAAGAAAAUCCAUGUCAAGAAUUAUUGAGUAAUGAAGGAGAAGAAGAAGCGCCACAAAAUGAGCCAGAAAACGAGCCACAAGAAGAAAAAAGAGCCAAGCGUUUCAAGCGGACCAUCUCGGAGAUUUUUGAGCCAAGGAAAAACUGUAGAAAAUCCAAGACUUCAAUUGCAUUUAAAUCGAAACACGAGAUAUUUGAAUCCGCGACAAAUGCGAGUCUUCAAUUAUUCGCUGUUCGCAAAACGUCCAAAUAAUCUGGCAACUAAUCAUCGUGGUGGAUUUUUGGUGGUGAAAGCGUCGAGAAAACGACAGAAUGUGGUGGGUUUUUGGAGAUUUUUUGAAAAGAAAAUAGGCAAGAAUAGUCAAGAAUAACAUUUGAACAAGUUUUCAGACUACUUUUUUCAGAAAUUUGAUUUUUUAUCAGAAACUUUUGUUUGAUAAUGUAUUUGAAAUUUUUCAAUUUAUUCAUCGAAAUUUUGAAACAGUGAGAUUUUUGAAAUAAAUUUUUUAAAAGACAAAAUCGAACUAACCAACAAAUAUAUUCGAAUCUUCAAAAAAUUUGUCAAAAUUUUGAAACGUAAAAAUUUGCGGAUUUUUUUGGGGUUCAAGUUUUAUCCUUCUCAAUUGUUUUUUAGUCUUAUUCAACAAAAAAAAAUUUUUGAACAAGUUUUCAGACUAUUUUUUCAGAAAUUGAUUUUUUAUCAGAAACUUUUGUUUGAUAAUAUAUUUGAAAUUUUUCAAUUUAUUCAUCGAAAUUUUGAAACAGUGAUUUUUUUUUGAAAAUAGAAUUUUAUUGAUUUAUAGUUUGUAUCAAAACUCCGAAAAACACAUGAGAUUAAAUAUAAAAAAAUUGUCAAAAUUUUGAAACGUAAAAAUUUCGGAAUUUUUUUUCUCAUAAUUUCGGAAAUUUUUCAUCUGUUUUUUAACUUCUAAAAACAAUUAUAGUCAAGUUUUCAGCCCACACUCUGAAAAAAUAUAUUUUUUGCAGAUAAACAAUCUUCGACGAAUGAACGAGAUUCGCAACAAAAGAUGUAAAAUUGUCCAAAUAAAUUCCUCAGAAAAAUGUGAUGUUUUGGAAUUGGAUUCCACAAAAACAACCAAUAAUCAAAAUCCGAAUGCUGAUUUCCAAUUUCUCAAUUUUAAUCUAUACAAAUCUGUUUGA